AUGCCUGGUCAGCCCCGUGCGCUCCAACCAUUCACGCGUCGCGAUCCGUUGGAGACCCGCGACCUCGUCUUCCUUCCGCGUGCGUCGGGUUUAUCCGGCGCACAAGCGAAGACCGCGUUUCCCCGUUGUGGAUCCAGAAGGGGGGGUCCGAUUCAUUUUCGAGGGCUUGCGCAGCGGCCCCCCAUGGCGACUAAGAAGCAGUCGCAAUCGGGCCUGCUCUCGUCCCUAUUAAAACCAGAUGUUGCGGAGGAUCAGGAUGCGUUCAAGGACGUGCUGUACUGGAUGCGCCAGGUGCUCGCGGUGCUCUUCGGCGUGGUGUGGGGCAUGGCGCCCAUCACAGGCGGCAUUGGGAUCAUCGGCUUCCUGGUGUUGAGCACGGCACUAAUGAUGGGGUAUUACACGCUCGUGGUGAAGGUGGAUGCGGACGAGCUGGGCGGCCACGGGGCACUGCUGCAGGAGGGCCUCCUCAACUCCUUUGGCGUCUUCCUGCUCGUUUGGAUACUGCUAUUCACAUAUCUGCACUCCUCAUGA